AUGUUUGCCGUUAGAACUGGAACUCGUCUUGCGUCUGUUGCCGCUACCAAAAACGCUCUGGCAAAAACUCAAUGGAGAUGGUCCAGCGCUGUUUCCACCGGCUACCGUAAGACUCGGGAAUUGGCCUCUCUUGGUGGUGCGGACUAUGAGGCUCCAUCUCUUGUCAUUUUUGACAAGGAUGGUACACUUCUGUGUUUCCAUACUAUGUGGAUCCCGUGGAUUCAACAUGCUGCUCAGAGCAUCGAAUCGUCAACCGGACUAGUUUUGUUUCCACAAAUUGCUAAAGCCCUUGGUCUCUGUCUGAUCGAGAACAAAGUGAAACCAGGGCUCCUCGCCGAAGGAACAACUGGUCAAAUCGCUCAUGAAAUUUCAACUCUUCUCAUGGACAAUGGAAUCAAGUCGUUCGAAGCUCGAGAGCUAACUAACAACUCAUUGACCACCUCCAACGAUCAAAUUAUUGCUAAUGAGCUUGUCAAGGAACUCUCGGAUACCGUUUCUCUCUUCACUAGACUAAAACACCAUGGAACCAAGAUUGCUGUAUGUACUGCUGAUAAUAGGAAAAGUUCUCUUCUUGCCUUGAAACGUAUGAAUGUCGACCAUAUGGUGGAUAUGGUUGUCUGUGGUGAUGAUAAGAACACUGUUCCAAAACCAUCCCCACACAAUGCUCUGAAAAUUUGUCAACACUUGAAUAUUGAACCAUCGAAAGCCAUAAUGGUGGGAGAUACCCGCGUGGAUAUGGAAAUGGCUCAUAACGCUGAGCUAGGUGCUGCGGUCGGAGUGCUUUCCGGAAUCGGGUGUAAAGAUCAUCUUCAUAGAGCCGACAUUCUUCUUGACCACGUUGGUCUUUUGGUUAACACUUUCUACGAAACUCGAUUAUAA